UUCGUGAAGUUCGGAAGCAUAAAUCCCGAGGUCGGUACCGUGUAGUUUGACGGUUGAUUUUUUUUCUUUCGCUCACUUGCCGGAAAACGGUUUCCGGGUUUUUGGAAACGGAUAUCUAGCGUGCAUGCGGAUAGCGGAAGGAAUUCUCGCAUAGCUUUGUAGCUUUCGGUGUAGUGUUACGGUGUUGUCGUGAUCACAUUGCCGCCGGGGCAGUUUCUUCUGGCCGAGAUUGACGCAAAGUUGUCACUUCGGCCGAUGUGUGGUGAUUCCUGUGGCGAUCGGGUUUGUUAACUUGUGAGCGAAACGAGUAUUUUGGCACGGUCGGUUAUUUUUAGCUGUCAAGAAACAUGUCGAAAUGAUCGCGUAUGGUGGGAUUACUAGCCGCGAAUGGUGAUAGGUGUUUUUUUGCGUGAGGAAAACAUAUUUCUGUUUACCGUAGGUAGCCAAACCCAACAAAUUUAGAACGUGUCAUCUGUUUGUUUAUAGAGAAAUCGUUGAGGAAAGUGUGGUGUAAACGUGACAACAUAACCUAUUUAAGCACACCUGGUGAGGUUUUUUAUUUCACAAAAGUCCUAAUCAAUGUCUUGAUAUUCGAAUCUCAGUGAAAAAAACAUUGGUCAGUCAGAAGAAAUGUGUUCCUGUCCUUAAGUUCCUGUCAAGUGACGUAACCUUCAACACGAACCAAAGCAAUCGCGAAAAUCGCUAUCAGGAAGCCAUGCUACAGCACCCGGGAAACGAUUACUACGAGUUAUCAGCGGCUGCCAGCAAACAAACGCCCCCCACUUUCAGUCCACAGGGGGCGUCCAGUGCGGCCGCCAGUGUUGCAGUGCUGGCAUCGAUGGCGGCAGGAGCCACUCCUGGAGUAGCGGGUUCGGGGGGAAUCUUAAGUGUCAACAACAACAACAAUAAUAACAGCACAUCGAAUAACAACAAUAAUAACAACAAUGAUAACGAUUUGGAUAUGAUGGGCCAGAAUGCGGCCGAUCGGGAGUCGAUGCCCAGCUUUGGAUUUACCCAGGAGCAGGUGGCCUGUGUUUGCGAGGUGCUGCAACAUUCGGGCAACAUCGAGCGGCUCGGUCGAUUUUUGUGGUCAUUGCCCCAGUGCGACAAAUUGCAACUCCACGAGUCGGUGCUCAAGGCGAAAGCCGUCGUGGCGUUUCAUCGGGGGAAUUUUAAGGAGCUGUAUCGGUUGCUGGAACAUCACCAAUAUUCGCCGCACAACCACGCCAAGCUGCAAACUCUGUGGUUGAAAGCCCACUACAUCGAAGCGGAAAAGCUUCGAGGGCGGCCGCUGGGAGCUGUCGGCAAAUAUCGAGUGCGGCGCAAGUUUCCCCUGCCACGGACUAUCUGGGACGGUGAGGAGACCAGCUACUGUUUUAAGGAAAAAUCCCGAUCGGUUCUACGAGAUUGGUACGCGCAUAAUCCUUACCCAUCGCCGAGGGAAAAACGGGAGCUGGCCGAAGCAACUGGAUUAACAACCACCCAGGUCUCAAAUUGGUUUAAAAAUCGACGACAAAGAGACCGGGCGGCCGAGCACAAAGACACCGGUGAAUCGGACAAGCAGCACCUGGAUUCGUCGAGCGAUUCGGACAUGGACGGCCCCAGUCUGUCGAUGGGCGGUUCCAACAGUGUAGGUCCUCCGCCAGGUUUGGGAGGCCCUGGAGGAGUCGGAGCACAAGGCAUGCACCUCGGAUCGGCUGCUUCCGGUAUGGGUCUGGGGGGCUUGGGAGCAGGUACCCUUUCCCUGUCAGCCGCCGGAGGUGGAGGAGCAGGUGGCGGUCCCGGAGGAGGUGGCACGGAAUCGGGUUUGGGCGCGCUAGGAGUCGAUCAUCACCAUCACCACCAUCAUCAUCAUCCGCAGCCGCUGAGCGCGCGGAACAGCAAUCUGAUGAACAUUUCGACCGGAAACGGAAAACCCAGCCUGGGACAGCUGUCGUCCAGUUCCCUGACGGCGGCCUACUCGCAUCUCUGGGAUCGGACUAACGUGAUGGGAUCGAUGCCGAUCUACGACAUGAGCGAAUAUCAACACUUAUGAUUUUAGGCUGAACUCGGAACGGGAUAAGAUUUCCUCAAGUGAUGGUUCCGUGUCCAGGAAAAAAAAACAAAUAUGGAAACAGAAACUUUGUUUUUAGGAAAAGAAAGAUUGAAAGUAAAUGUACUUCAAAUUUAGCUUAAAUUCAAACAAGUUGAUGCGCAAUCUAAACUUAAUACUAGCACUUGAAAAUGUUUUUAAAAUUAAGUCUAACUGUCCAAUUCACGCAUAGAUUUUGUACAUUACGAUAGGAUUGAUCUGAUUUUUACUAGGAUAGUGUAGUGUAAGGAGUCGUUGGACUUUCUAUUAUGCAAUAAUAUAAUCAAAA